ACUAGACAUUGUUAAAACUGUUUCAUGUUGUUUGAAAACUGUUGUUUGACAACGUCAUCAUGGAAUUCAAGGGAAAGGGAGAACAGUUUAUUUCAUAAGUUCAAAGAAGGUGUUAAAGUUGGAAAAGACAUGUGGUAUUCAGUUACGCCUGAGGAUGUUGCUUCUCUUAUCGCUUUGAGAGCAGAAUCUUUAAGAAACGGGUUUCGGGACUUGCCUUCUGCUCAUUACAGUGACGCUUUUUUUUCAUAUAACAAUCCGAGUCACUCUCUGGUUUUUGACGCGUUUUGUGGGAUAGGCGGAAACGCUAUACAAUUUUCUAAAUUUACACAAGGUUUUGUUAUUGGAAUGGAUUCUUCUUUCCAAUGUUUACUGAAAGUUCAACAUAACAGUCAAGUGUACGGCGUUUCAAGUCAACUGGAUUGUGUUCUGGCGGAUACGACCCGGUUACCGUUUCGUGAAUGCAAUGACUUUUUUGAUAUAACUUUCUUGUCUCCUCCUUGGGGAGGUCCGAAAUACUGUAAAAAAACUAUUAUAAGUCUUGAAAAUAUUAUACAUUUAGGGUUUCAGAUGCUUGAAAAACAUCUUGCUAAAACUAUUAUAUACUAUCUGCCUCGAAAUUUACAAUUACUUGAUCUGAAUUAUCUCUUUGAAAAAAAUUUAGUCUGUUUUUUGGAAGGUUAUUUAAAUCGUUCAGGACGCUUUCAUUUUUACCAUUCAGCUUCAAAUAGAACAGUAGGGUGCCAAAUUGAAAAAAAAACGGUGUCCACUGAAACAUUAGCUUCUUUAUGGUAUCCGUUGAAGCAAAACAGCUGGUCGUGGAACUUGUCAGUAGUAACGGUGUGGAUCGGUGCCCUUGCAAAUGUAGCAUUUAACUUAUUUCAUUCACCUAUAUGUCAUCCAUGCAUUUCGAAUGUUAAUAAUGUUAGCAGAAAAUGUUUCUUUAUUUCUUUUUGGAAGACAAUAGAAAACUCUUUACUUCAAAUAUUAGGCGUUUCAGGUACUCUUCCACAUAGAACUGUUUAUCGUCGACAUACACAAGUCAAUUAUAUCAUUCGAGCAUCCCCAUGCCAUGUUACCCGCGUCUAUUUAAAGAAAUGCUGCGAGAAGAAGUUUCGUCGUUUGCAUCAAAUAAAGUCUUAUAAAAUUGUAAAGAAGAAAAUUGAAAAAAAGUUUUUUCAUACUUUGCUUAAAAAAUAUCUGAGCAUCGUAUUCGCAGUCCAAAUAAAUACUUUAUGGUGUUUUGUUAAUAAAACAGAGGGAGCGACUUUACAUCGUAUUGUGUUACAACUUGAGUGUAUUAAGCAAUUUCGAAACCAGCUCGUUUCACAGUUAUUCAACUUUUUGAACGAGUUAUCUAAAAAAUCGUCAUAAGACCUUCAGCCGCUGAUUUAAUCACCGUCGAGUUGUAAUUUUAAAUGCUUAACUGAAAACGUUAUUAUAGGCUAGUUAAUGAUUUCUCAAGGCGUCCGUCUCCUUUAUCAUCUUUUCCUUUGGUGUGCUAUAUUUCAAAAGAAUAAGUCUUUUGAUAUACAUUAACAAAUAAGAGGUAAAAAGUUUUCACGGAAUUCUUUAUAAACAAUGCGAAAAUUGGCUUAAUUUUUAUAAUUUAAACGUGUGAUGAAGUUCAGUCAUUCCAAGGGUAAAGAAUAUCUCGAACUCUUAUUUUAAAGAAUGCCACAGUUUCAUAUCGUUAAAUAAAAUAGCAGCAUCAUUUUCUUGUUUGUAUCCAUAAAAUAAUAGUUGAUUGAUAUUGUUGUGU